AUGAAACUAAUAUUAUUUUUCUCUUUUUUCUUCAUCAAAUCAUUGUCUGCAAUUCCACUCGAUUCUUGUCGUCGAAUUGGAAAUUGUGAAGAAUGUGUCAAUUCAACAGAUGCAUUUGGUGAUCGAUGUGAAUGGUGUAUUUCUGGUGGAAGUUGUAAUUCAAUAUCAACUUAUAGUUGUCAAGUCGAUGAUACAACACUGCAUUCUUAUAAUUGUCCAAAAAAUAUAUCAGAUGUGAAAUUUGAUGAGAAAUUUAUGAGAAAUAUUGUGACACCAAUGAUUGCUGCAACACAUUCACCUGAUAAUCAAAAACUUCGAGAUUCUCUUGAAACUUGUUUCAAUUCAGAUCUUGAAAUUGUUAAUACUUAUGAAAUAUUUUGUGAUGAAACCAAUAUUGUAAGUUUAAGUUUAUCAAAAGCUCUCUAAUUUUCUAUUCGAUAAAUAUAUGUUUCAGACAACUUGUUUUGGUUACACCGCAAAACUCAAAUCUGAAAAUGCUUUGGUUCUUGUUUUUCGAGGAACUACCACUUUAUUUCAACUUAUCGAUGAAGGAAUUUCAUUUUUUCUUCAUAGAAAAGUUAAAUUUGAAAUCACAAAAGGUGUUGUCGAUGGAUAUUAUUUGAAUGCAUUUAAUAAAAUCUGGGAAAAUGGAAUGAGAGAUGAUUUCGAAAAAAUAUAUGAAGAAAAUCCAAAUAUCAAAUUUUGGGUGAGUUUUUUCCCAAAAUAUAUAUUUUUUUUAAACCCUGAUUUUUUCAGUUUUUCGGACACUCUUUGGGUGGCGGAUUGGCAUCAAUUGCAUCCUCAUUUGUUACCAAAGUUUACAAUUUGAAAACUGAUCAAGUAAAAUUAGUGACAUUUGGAAUGCCAAGAAUUGGAGAUAUUGAUCUCGCAAUUGCUCAUGAUCAAUUAGUUCCGGAUUCUCUUCGAAUUGAACAUAGUAAAGAUCCAAUUCCUGCACUUCCACCAAGAACUUUUCCGGAUUCAAUUGAUCGUGGUUCAUUUCAUCAUCGACUUGAAGUUUGGUAUCCAAAUGAAAUGACUGAAGGAUCCAAAUUCAUUCUUGGAAGUCGACCAGAUACAACUGUUGGAAGAAGUGUAUUUCCAUUCAAUAUUGAAGAUCAUUUUAGAUAUUUUGAUGUUUUUCUCGAAACUUGGUGGAUCAAAGCAUGUAGAAAUCAUUAGAAAUUUUAACUUUAUUUAUUUAUUGCUACGGGUUCUUGUUUUUCAAAUUUUGUCAUCAAUAAAUCAUUGUGAACUUAAACUAGACUACUUUGAUAUCAAAAUUAUUCAUCAAAAAUGUUUUCAAGUUUUUUCUUUGAAACGAUAACUCUUUUUUAAAGUUAUCGUAUUCCUUUCAAAGAGUCAUAGUGUUCCUGAGUCGAAAUUCAUUUAAACCGCGGAAAAAGAAUGCAGAGAUCCACGGCGCCAGGGAUCUCCGGACGCGACGAAAAAAGCUAAAAAAUAUUUUUGCACGUACGGCUUUCCGUAAAUCGCCCCAUAAAUGCUCGUCAUAUUUACGGUAUGUGCGGACUUCGUGUUUGCACACAAUUUUUUUACUUCUUUUUUUUCGCAUGCGUCACACCUUUUUUGUUUCCCUCUAAACCUCGUUGAAGCUUUUAAAAUCAAAAUUUUCAGCCAAAAUGUACAGUUCGGUCAAUGAUCAUUCGUCAAGAUUCGAUGCUACAAUUCAAGCUGGAAUGGCUGCUGCUCAAGGAUUGACAAACGAUCAAAUAAGUGCGAUUUUAGAUGAUGAAACAGCGUUGGAAAAUUUCAUUGUGAAUCUAUCAACGGUAAGAUUUUUAAUCAAUUCUAUAGAUAUAAUGUUUUUUUAAAUUAAGGUUCGUUGUAUGUCAACAGACAAAGAAUCUGCCCUCGCUUCAAAUAAAUCACUCGCUGAAUGGAAUUUGGCUCAACGUGAUCGACUAGAAAAUGCGAAAGCGCAAACUAUCGAUCUUUUCGAUCAAGCAAAUCGACUGAAAUCAGAAGUUCAAACGCUGAAAUCACAACUAGAUUCAGUUUCAUCUUCAAAAAGUCUCGAUACAACUUCGAGUUUAAUGCAAGUCGCUGCUCAAGAAGCUGACGAUGAUGCUGAAUCUCUUCUUCAACAAUUUGAAAAUGGCGAAAUUUCCAUCGAAAUAUUUUUGAAACAAUUCAAAGAAAAGAAAACUCUUGCUCACUUGCGAAAAAUCAAAUCCGAUAGACUUACCGCAAUUCUCCGAGAACAAACUUAUGCUCCACCUCCACUUCCACAAACUCGUCAACAACAAAUGCCAGUCUAUCCAAUGGGUAAUCAUAUGAUGCCAAGUGUUCCAUUUGGUACCGGUUAUACGGGAUAUCCAAAUUUAUCGGCCGCACCUCAAAAUAAUCAUCCAUUUUUCUAA